CUGUUUGUAUCGCCAUGUUCCUUGCUUUUCGUUGAUUUGUCAGAAGGAAUAGUGGAAUAAAAUAAGGUAAUGGCGAGUGCGUCUGUUCCGCAUAUUUGAUGUUGUGAUAAAGUUGGGCGUACGCGUCCGCCUUAUCAGUCGUGACAAAGUCUUUUUAUUACGAGUAUGUCUACUUAAUUUACAUAUAUAUAUACAUAGUUUUUAAAGAUAUAACCGACAAUAAAAGGAAUAAAGUGUCCAGUGUACGAUGUCGGUGAUUCAUUAGCGGAAUAUGGAAGUGUACGAUAGAUAAUAAAAGAUAAUCGUAUUGUACGAAAGAAAAUUUACAAUUUUAUAUAUAUAUAUAUUUUGCAACACACAUGUUUCUUUCAUCGUAUUCACUUCCUAAACUUUGAGAAAGAAUUUUAAGCAUACUAUUACAUUAGAAAUAAUCGAUAAACGUAUAACAAGAUAAUAUGAAAUCAGAACGAGCAUGAAGGUAACUGUGUGUUUCGACAACGUCAGAGUGGUGGUCCCUUGUGGGGAUGGAACCCUACUGGUUAAAGAUUUAAUGCAUGAGGCUAUUCUAAGGUAUAAAAAGGCAACCGGGAAAAAUGAUAAUGCAUUAACUGUAAGUAGUUUGUCCUCCUUAACUGGAGGUGGUCUAUUAGAUCCAGAUGAUAGGUUAUGUGAUGUAGCCGAUGACAGAGAGCAGAUUGUUGCUCAUUUUGUGAAUACUGAUGUCACACAUGCUGGUGGUGAUGGAGCAAGUUCAGUUGGAACAAAUAGUCCUGAUUUUUGUCAUCCAGAAAGCAAAGAGCAAUCUUACGCAAUUGAUACACAUUCCUCUAUUCCUAUAAGUGGUAUUAAAAGGGAAAGCACCAAAAGAUUGUCGAUGCAUGCACUGUCAAACAGGGAACCUUAUUUAACCACAUAUUCUGCUCAGUCACUUCCCAGAGAGUCUCGGCGUAGAGAACCACUGGGACAAGAUGCCAAAGUGUCAUUUAAAUAUGCAAAUGCUAAUGUAGAACCAGGAGAUCAAGGAGAGAUUCGAGAAAUUGUGAUAAAGAAUGAAGCAGGGCCACUGGGGCUUCAUGUGGUGCCAUGUUAUGAUUUGUUGGGUAAUGAUCAAGGCCUUAGAGUCGAAGGUAUUGAACCAAAUGGCAGAAUUGCUAAAGAUGGGCAAAUUGACCUGCAUGAUAAAAUCAUUAAAAUAAAUGGUCACAAUCUAUUGCAUAUUCCAUUUUCUAAAGUGCAAGAUAUCUUUCGUACCUGUAUGACAGAAUCAUGCUUGCAAAUUUCUGUAGUAAAACAUAAGAAACCACAUGAAAAAUCAUUGCAUAAAAAUCAUGGCAAUACUAGUGGAGGAUCAGAAAGAGAAAUUGAUGACAGUGUUAAAAGACUUCAAUGUAGUAAUUACAAUUUGCUGCAGACAGCCAAUACCCGUAAAAUUGGACGUAUGAUAGAGAUAGAAUUGACAAAAGGUAGCAAUGGCCUUGGAUUUAGUGUCACGACACGUGACAAUCCUGCAGGAGGUCAUUGUCCUAUAUAUAUUAAGAAUAUAUUACCAAAAGGUGCUGCAGUUGAAGAUGGUAGAUUAAGGCCUGGAGAUAGACUGUUAGAAGUAAACAAUAAAGAAAUGACUGGUAAAAGUCAAGCAGAAGUGGUUUCACUUCUCAGAAGUAUUUCACCUGGUGGAAAGGUAAGAAUGGUGGUAUCACGUCAAGAAGAAAUUUCCUCCAGUAUUUCAGAUCCUCAUUCUCAUAAUACUUCUACAAAUCAAGCCUCAGAAACUACAGAUAAUUCAAAAUAUUGGAAUACAUUGAAUACAUCGCCUAUAAAAAAGAAUACUGAAAUGCAGGAUAAACUUAAUACCCAUAAUUAUGAUAAUUGCACAUUUAAACCAGUGAAAUCUCCAUCAGAAGAUAUUGUUUUAUCACCGCGUAAAAAUCGUAUGAUAUUAACUUUAGACAUACCAGUACAUGAUUCAGAAAAAGCAGGAUUAGGUGUUAGUGUUAAGGGGAAGACUACUAACACAGAUGAAAACACUAACAUGGAUCUAGGAAUUUUUAUUAAAAGUGUUAUUCAUGGAGGUGCAGCCUCCAGAGAUGGAAGAUUGAGGACCAAUGAUCAAUUGCUCAAUAUUAAUGGAGUAUCAUUAUUAGGAUUAUCAAACUCGGAUGCAAUGGAGACAUUGAGAAGAGCAAUGCUCAGUACAAACAGUCCUGUAACUGGAGUGAUCACUCUUACAAUAGCCAGGAGGAUAUCUUCCUAUGAUAAAAACUUAUCAGAAAAUCUGUCCUCUCAAUGUAAAUUGGAAUCGGCUAACAGUAUAUAUAUUUCUGACUCCACGAAAGCCAGUGAGGGCAGAGUAAAGGAAAAGAAUAGCUUGAACUCUCAGACGGACAUUUUAGAUAACGGCGGUUUACUGUCUUGUGUGACCGCCUCUCCAUGGAAUCCAGUUAUCGAUAGAUUAACCGAGCAGUAUAAUAAGAAUAGUUUAAGAAAUGAAAGUUAUUGCAUCGCUACCAAUAAGACGUGGAUAGAACCUGCAGGCAACGUGAAGAAGAUAACGAUAGGACAGCGCGAUGAUCGCACGGAACCAGUAUUGCUAGAAGACUCCAAUGAUCCACAGUGCAAUGAAACUAAACGAAACACAGACGAUAAAGAUAGUCAGUAUUCCGGAGAUCCGACUUACGAUAGUCAAUUAUCCUUGGAGGAAUUUAGUUCCAAUAAAUUUUCCCGCGACGGUUUAGGUAGGCAGAGUAUGUCAGAGAAACGUCACGCUGCUUUAGAUGCCAAGAACACAGAUACUUAUAAGAGAAAUAAAAAAUUACGGGAAGGACGUGAGAAUAAGAAUCAGGAACAAGCGAAUCAGAAACAUUCGAAUCAAUCGUUCGAUUCGGAAGAUCCAACCAAAAGAGGAUAUAAAUCGGACACUUACGAUAAGAAUAAAAAUAAAAGCAGCACUAUCGAAGGUAGUACGGCAAGUGAAAGCAGUAUGAAACGAUACGAGAAGUCCGUGGAUCCUGCUCAAUCGGAUUAUGUAUACACUAUACAUGGUUGUAAUAAUAAGUAUACUUCACCGAGGAAGCAUUGGCUUGUCGAUGAUGUACAUGGCGAAAUAACAAGUAGCAAUAAUUUUAAAGACGGUCGCGAGGGUUUUCCAAAUAGUCGGGGGGACGUGAAACAAGCGUCUCUCAAUUCUGCUUUAGAUGAUCGAUACAAACGUUCACGAAAGAAAGGUGGCAUACGUUCGAUGCUUCGAUUAGGGAAGAAUAGAAAAUCGCUCAAUUUCGGUGAUAGUAUAGAAGCUCAUCACGAAUCCAGUAAUUAUUGUAGCGGAACGAUUAAUUAUAUCGCAUAAUACACAAAAGGGAUAGAUACGUAUAACGUAGAUACGGAAUUAAAUAUAAAUGUACUUGUCCAUAACACCUAGAAAACACGUAUUAUACACGAAAUAUACAUAUUUUAACACUCAUUGCACGUGCGCUCAUAUACAUACAUACACACACAUACACACACAUAUAAUAUGUACUUAAAUAUGUAUGAUUUGUCCAAAGUGCCUUACAUCAUUGCAAAAGAUUUAUUCUGUAUAUAUUUAUAAUUUUUAUAAUUGUCUUUAAUUCGUAUCGAUCAUGUAUCUAUUUUUAAAAUAAAAUUAUGCACUUAAUACAAGUAAUGUGUAACUAAUAAUUUAUCGAUAUCCAUUAGAUUUCUAAAAAUUUGAUAACACUGAAAAUUUUGUAAAUUUUAAUUUAUAUUCAAAGAAAGCAGCGUUCGAUACAAACAGCGUGUUGCCAAAGUUAAGUGAAUUACGCACUUCAGUUAACUCCAAAUCAAUUACUGUACCAACAGAAGCGUUAUCGGGGCAAGAUAAACAUUAAAAAACCAAAAAUAUAUUUUAAGAAAAAGGUACUAAACGAAUUGCUAACUCCGUUCUUUAUCAAUCCCAACAAGGAUAAAUCUCUGGAGCAAUUUUGUAUAGAGUCA